AUGGCGGACAUUGUUCAGGUAAUUAAUGGCGAAGGCCAAUUUGAGGAGGCGUCCGUUCAACAGUUUGUCGAGGCCAAUGAUCUGGCUGCGUGCAAGACCAAUUAUCAAGUGGUCGCCAUUAUGGGACCCCAAAGCUCGGGCAAGAGCACGCUCUUAAACUAUGUGUUUGGAACAAAUUUUACAAUGAUGGAUGCUAUGGCGGGACGUGGGCAAACCACAAAAGGGAUUUGGAUGUCGAAAUCCCCUAAGGUGACAGAGACCACGGUGUUGGUAAUGGACCUAGAAGGCAGCGACGGCAGGGAGCGCGGAGAGGAUGAUACGAAUUUCGAACGUCAGAGUGCACUUUUUGCUUUGUCCGUGGCCGAUGUGCUGCUCGUCAACAUUUGGUGUCACGAUAUCGGCCGUGAGCAUGGAUCCGGCAAGCCACUGCUGAAAACCAUAUUCCAGGUUAACCUAAAGCUUUUCGCCCCAGAGCCGGACCGCAAGCGUUCCGUGCUGCUGUUCGUUAUACGCGACAAGACCCGGACGCCCCUGCCCAAGUUAGUGGAGGUGCUGGAGGCGGAUCUGGACCGUAUGUGGGACGCAAUUGCUAAGCCACAAAAGUACGAAGGCUCGAAGCUCACGGACUUUUUUGAGGUCCAAUAUGCAGCUCUGUCCCACUUUGAGGAGCGCUAUGAGGACUUCCAGGCGGAUGCUGUGCACCUGCGCCGUCGCUUCUCGCCAGACGGCGAAGAAUCGCUGAUCCGGGGAGAUGAGAAGCUGCCGGGGGACGCAUUUGCACUGAGCAUCCGCAACAUCUGGGAUGUGAUUCGCGCACAGAAAGACCUCAACCUGCCAGCCCACAAGGUGAUGGUGGCGAACAUUCGGUGCCAGGAGAUUCUUGAGGACCAGCUGAAGGCAUUUGCGGAGGACCAGGCAUGGACGAUGCUCCAGGAGGCAAGCAGCUGCUGUGUCGUGGAGGGCUUCGGACGUCGGGCGCACAGCCUUAUCGAUAGCUGCGUCGUGGGGUACCAGGCUGAGGCUCGCUAUUUCGAUACGCACGUGCGAGAGGCCAAGCUGGCGGAGCUGCAGCAGCGGCUGCUGGCUGCCCUACAGCCGGUCUAUCAGUCUCAGGUCGCUGCCCAACAAGCGGCAGUGCUGGCGGCAUUCGACAAGGAUUUGAAACUGGCAGUGGUGGAGGGUGGGGGCCGCCGCGGCAGCUUUAUGGCAGCGGCGGCUGCCUGCCGCACGGAGGCUGUGCAGACGUUCGAUACGGCGUUUGUUCAACACCUGCAAAUUGAAGGCACUCCAUGGGAUGGUGCAGAAGAAAGUGCGGCGCUGGCGGAGGCCCUGGACGGCCGCAUUGCCGAGGUCCGCAACCGCCAGAUCCUGUUGGCUACGGAACGCGCCGAGCAGCAGUUAGCCUCGCUGCUGAGUGGGCCCGUCAUUGGGCUGCUGGAGACGUGCGAGCCGGGCGUGUGGCCCCGACUGUAUGCGGUGUGUGGAGAGGCAGCAUCCACGGUGGACAAGGAGCUCAUGCAGGCCCUCGCAGGUUACGAGCUGGAGAGGAAGGAGGCUGAGGGUCUUAGCCAGCGGCUGCAGCAAAAGGCCUCCAACAACAUGCAAAACCAUGUGCGGGAGGCGGCACUGACGAGGCUAAGCAGGAUGAAGGAUAGGUUCACGGACAUGUUCUCUUUGGACGACAAGAAGGCCCCUCGCAUGUGGGGUGCGGGUGACGACAUCCCCGCCAUUGCGCAGAGGGCCCGGCUGGCGGCCGCCAACGUGCUCUCACAGCUGGCCGUGAUUCGCGCACCUGAUGACCAGGCCAAUGGACAAGGUGCGGUGCACCGGAGGGCUGUGGGGACUGAGACCAGGAACCAAGACGUGCUGCGUCUGUCCAACUCUGGCCUGGACUUGCUUAGCGCGGCCACCUGGCCCGGCGUAGAUGCAUCACGCGUGCUGCUACAACCACACGACGUCCGUACAACAUGGCGGGAGUUCAUGUCGUAUAGCAAUGUGGUCGUGCAGCAGGCAUUGUCAACCCAGCAGGCCAAUCGUCUUGCGAACAACCGUCUGCCGCCGCUGUGGGCUCUGGCGGCGAUGCUGGUUUUGGGUUGGAAUGAGGCCAUGGCGAUACUGUUCAAUCCGCUGUACCUGCUCGUGGUGGUCGUGGCGUUGCUGUUCCUGCGCAGUUUGUAUUUGGAGCUGGACGUUGAGCGGGAGAUGGCGGCGGGGCCGCUGCCUGGUGCACUGAGGCUGUCGAGCAAAUUCCUGCCCGCGUGCAAGUCGGUAAGUGCGCAAUGA